CAAAUGAGUUCUAUAAAAUAUUUGGUGAUCAGAGAUGAAGAAAAAGAAAGUCAAGGCAAUGAUAUUAACGAUAGGAAAAUCAAUGCUAAUGAAUAUCUUGGAGGUGUGAAUAAUUAUGAAAGCGAAAUUUUCACGGCUUCUUCUGCUACAGAUCUAGUUACAACGGGAAUUGAUAGUGAUUCCUUAGUUGGAUUUGUUAAUACAGAAGGACAAGGCAAUAAGUUCAUUACAACUCCAUUUGACAUUACAAUUGAUAUAACAAAAUUUCUUAGAUAUUUCUUAAAUAACGAUGAAGAUUUUCUCUCCUAUCCUUAUUACUUCAAAAAUUAUAAUUUUUUGGUGGUCUGGAAUGUUUCUAGUAAAGAAGCUCAAAAUCAAGAUGCUCAAAAUCAAGACAUUCAAAAUCAAGAUGCUCAAAACCAAGACAAUCAAAACCACAGCACUCAAAAUCAAAAUCAAAAUGCAAAACUAUAUGGCUAUCUCCUUAUUAUUUUCUGUUUCUGGAAUAAUAAUAAUCAUAGUACAUUAGAUGACAUUAAAAAAGCUACUGUUAGAGCCUUAGAAGAGCCAUAA